UUCGGGACCAAGUGCGCGGGCUGUGCCCAGGGCAUCUCCCCCAGCGAUCUGGUCCGCAGGGCGCGGAGCAAAGUGUUCCACUUGAACUGUUUUACGUGUAUGAUGUGUAACAAGCCCAAUACUGCCAAAGAAAACAGCCUGCAUUCAGCCACCACCGGCAGUGACCCCAGCCUGUCCCCCGACUCCCAAGACCCCUCCCAGGACGACGCCAAGGACUCGGAAAGCGCCAACGUGUCCGACAAGGAGACGGGCAGCAACGAAAACGACGACCAGAACCUGGGGGCGAAGAGGCGGGGACCCCGCACCACCAUCAAAGCCAAACAGCUAGAGACUCUGAAAGCCGCCUUCGCGGCCACCCCCAAACCCACCCGGCACAUCAGGGAGCAGCUGGCGCAGGAGACCGGCCUCAACAUGCGGGUCAUCCAG